AUGUCCCAACUGUCAAGUUUGACGAGACAUGUGGCCGCCAGUAGAUGCAUGGUCACUCGUCUUGCAGUUAAUGGUAGAUCAAGAUCGUUACCACUUGGGAGGAGAUUCAAUUCAACGGUUUCUGACCGAAUCUCAUCAUCGUCAUCGUCAUCAUCAUUGAAAUCAAAUGCAGUGGAGUUGAGCAAAUAUAAGAAUUAUUAUAAGGAAUUGAAACAGAUAAUUGAAAAUGUUCCUGAAGAUAUAGCAUCUAAAUCCCCUGAAUUGGUUACUUUGCACAAGAGACUUCAAUUGCCCAAAGAAUUCCAAUUGUCAGUUUUAUCCAGAUGUCUAACUUGUCGCUCAUCACAUUUACCCAAUGAAAUCAGUAAUCCAAAACUUGGCUCAGCAUUUAGUAGUACGGUACCAACAAACAAUUUGUUCGAUAAUCAUGGAUUAAAUAUCUUUGGGAAAAACCUGUUAACAUACCACGUUACACGCAAAUUAAUGACCAAAUAUCCACGUUUACCGACUGUGAUAUUGAAUGCUGCUGUAGAUGCAUACAUAUGUGAAGACGUACUAGCAGGUGUUGGUAAAUCUUGGGGUGUUGAAACGGAGAAAACACCAGUGUUGGAAAGAUAUUUGAAAGAAGAACCAAUCCAAAUUACGUUGGGUAAAUUACGUUUUUACAAUAAUAGUUUAAAUCAAGAAGAUGGAAUUGAAUCAAUAUCUUCAUUGAAUUUCUCAGAAAAAUCAGCAUAUUCUUUGGCCAUUAGAAGCAUAAUAGGUGCAUUGUGGGCGUGUACACAGGAGACAAAUCCUCAAUAUGCAUUCCAAUUCAUCGACGAUCACAUUUUAAGCAGAAAACUAGAUAUCUCUAAAAUGUUCCAAUUUGAACAACCAACACGAGAGUUGGCCGCCCUUUGUCGCCGUGAAGGGCUCCAGAAACCUGUCUCUAGACUACUAGCAGAAUCUGGUAGGCAUUCUAAGGCACCUGUAUUCAUCGUUGGCGUGUUCUCUGGCGAUGAAAAAUUAGGUGAGGGAUUUGGAUCGUCGUUGAAAGAGGGUAAGGCAAGGGCCGCUACGGAUGCAUUGAUGAAAUGGUACUGUUACGAACCAUUGGAAGAUCAACACCCAGUGGUAGAUCACGGUGCGGUUAUCGUAUGA